AUGCUAUCCUCUCAGCACAGAGAUCUGCUGGAUAUGAUGAUGCCCACCUUCUCGGGCACGGAGGAUGACUUUGGAACAGAAAUUCAGGAACAUUAUCUGCAGCAUGAGUGCCUCACACUGACCCCACCCAAGAGAACCACAGGGGUUGGCGAACAAUUUGGGAGACCCAAUGAGCAGUCCAAGUGUAACAUCACCGGUCAGCUCAUCGGUCAGCUCGCCUAUCAGCUCACCAUCGGUCAGCUCGCCGGUCAGCUCACCGGUCAGUUGGGGUCCGUUCACUUCCCUCAAGCUACUACCUUCUACUCAAAAAGUCGUGAGACAUUCUCGAAAUCUCUAUUCUAA